GUCCAAAGCGAGAAUCAUGUCUCCUGCCUCUGUCUUCGCCGCCAACAACACGGCCCUCAUCACGGGCGGUGCCUCGGGCAUCGGCCUGGCCGUCGCCCAGCUCUGCCGCAAGCACGGCAUGAAGGUCGCCGUGGCAGACUUCAACACCGACUCGCUCGCCAAGGCGAAGGAGACGCUUGGAAGCUCGGACGUCGAAACGUACCAGACCGAUGUCUCGAAGCUCGAGCAAUGGGCUGAGUUGAAAGAUAAGGUGCAGAAGAAGUUUGGAGGUGUCGAUUUCCUGAUGCUCAAUGCGGGCGUGGGAGCCAGGGGCGGCUGGGAGGACAGCGCCUAUUUCGAGAAGAUCAUGUCGACGAACCUCUUUGGCGUCAUCUAUGGCCUCAACACCUUCGUCCCUGCCAUCCAGGCGGAAAAGAAGCCUUCCGCCAUUGUGAUAACGGGCAGCAAGCAAGGCAUCACCAACCCGCCCGGCAGCCCCGCCUACAACGCCAGCAAGUCAGCUGUGAAGACGCUAGCCGAGCACCUCAGCUACGACUUGCGCGCCAGCAGCACGAGCGUGCACUUGCUUGUCCCCGGCUGGACAUUCACCGGCAUGAGCGGUGGUGGGCCCGGUUCAACCAAGGAGAAGCCCGCGGGCGCCUGGUCGUCUGAGCAGGUCGCCGACUACAUGUACAACAAGAUCGGCGCGGGCAAGUUUUACAUCUUGUGCCCGGACAAUGAUGUCACGGAGGAGAAGGACAAGAAGCGCAUGCUGUGGACUACUGGCGACAUUGUCAAUGAGCGGCCGCCGCUGACCCGGUGGCGUGAAGAGUACAAGGAGGAGGCGGAGGAGUGGAUGGCGAAGCAGAAGGUUUGAGGAGUCAGCCAAUCAAGUCCUGCUAAUAUAUAAAGUGGACGGGGGUAAGUUAUAAUAAACAAGCUUCGUUGGUGAUGCAUAAUGACUCCAGAAGAUCGGCGCAGACUGUGACAGAUAUUCGGUAAGGAUGGUUUCAUGGAUAUGUACCUACGCGUCCAUCUAGACGAGUGUUUAGUGUGACAGUCUGAUCUCCUUGACUAUAGCUUACUAUGUUGGUUCUUUAUAACAUCAAAAGUAAACUAUGAACUAGUUGGUCAGCAACUUUCGACGUUCACAGGUCAUGACUGGUUGUAACUGUUUAUGGUUAUAACGGUAAAGGACUGCAAAUGGUCGCGCAAGGCCUAGCCUGGUAUACCAAUAGAUGUCUUUUUAUGAGUCC